GGCAGCCAGGAUGGGAGCACAGAGCCUGGCUGUGGCUUGGGGGGCACUGGCUUUGUGCCUGGCAUUCACCAGGGCUGCCAACCCCGGCUUUGUGGUGAGGAUCACCCAGGCAGGCUUGGACUAUGCACAUCAACAUGGGAUCACGGUCCUGGAGAAGGAGCUGGCCCAGCUGAAGCUGCCGGACAUCUCUGGUGACUUCCGCGUCUGGCACGUGGGGAAGGUGCAGUACGAGAUCUCCAGGCUGUCCCUGCGCAGCUUCCACCUGCCCUACUCCCGGAUCUCACUGGUCCCUGGUGUUGGCCUCCAGGUCUCCAUCUCCCAUGCCUUCGCCGAGCUGGACGGGAACUGGCGGGUGAAGCUGUACUUCAUCCGGGACCACGGUUCCUUUGACCUGAGGGUGGAGAGCAUCUACAUCAAGAUCCAGCUGGGGCUGGGCAGUGAUGCCCUCGGGAAGCCCACCAUCGACACCUCCUCCUGCAGCACCCGCAUCUCCAGCAUCCGCGUGCACUUCUCGGGCAAGUUUGGGUGGCUUUACAACCUGUUCCAUAAAGCUAUUGAGUCCAGGUUCCGGAAGAUCUUGGAAAGCAAGGUCUGCGAGAUCGUGGCCAAGUCUGUGCGCAGUGAGCUCCAGCCUUACGCCCAGACCCUGCCAGUCACAGCCAAGAUUGAUGCCAUGGCUGGGAUCGAUUACUCCUUGGUGGCACCCCCAGCUGCUACCGCACAGUCACUGGAUGUGGACCUGAAGGGUGAAUUCUUCUCCCUGGCUCACCGCUCUGCCAUCCCCUUCCCUCCGCUGGCGCUGGCCUUGCCCCCGGACCACGACCGCAUGGUUUACUUUGGAGCCUCCAGCUACUUCUUCAACACAGCCAGUGUCGCCUACCACGCAGCCGGGGCACUGGUCCUCGACAUCACCAACUCCAUGAUCCCAAAGGACGUUGAGUUCCACUUGAACACCUCAACCUUCUCAGCCUUCGUUCCCCAGCUGGAGGAGCUGUACCCACACAUGGAGAUGAAGGUCAGGCUGUCUGCCCCUUCCGCCCCAUUCCUCACCAUCAGACCGGAUGGGCUCUCGCUCAGGCCUGUUGUGGAUAUCCAGACCUACGCCAUCCUCCCCAACUCCACCCUGGCUCCUCUCUUCCUCCUCAGCCUGACAGGCAACGUGUCCGCUGUCAUCGACGUGAAGUCUGGCCACAUAGUUGGGAGCCUGAAGGUGGGCAGGUUGAGGCUCUCUCUGAAGCAUUCGGAUGUGGGCACUUUCCAGGUACGAAUGCUGCAGUCCAUAAUGAACGUCCUGGCUUCCAACAUCCUGCUCCCACGUCUUAACGAGAGGUUAGCGCAGGGCUUCCCUCUGCCGCUGCCAGACCGGAUACAGCUCUCCAACAUCCUCGUGGGGUUUCAUCAGAAUCUCCUGCUGCUCGGAGCAGAUGUUCAGUACCAGCCCCGGAGAUAGAGCAAGAACCUCAAGCACCAACCCUGCCCCGUUCACCCCUUCCAUGCCCCCGGGUCCUGCUGCUGGGGCUGAAGACAUCAGCUCAUGUCCUGGACUGGGGAGCAGCACCCGGGGCCGAGCCCCGCAUCCCCCCGCCGGGUCCCUGGUCCCAUCCCACCCCUGUUCCCAUCU